AUGGUGGUAGUUACUAUUCUUCUGGAUCACCCUAUAUUGGUAUCAUUUUCCACAUCUCUCAUACUCUUCCUAUUCUAUGUGAUCUAUCAACGAUAUUUCCAUCCCCUGGCCAAGUACCCUGGACCUUUCCUGGCAUCCGUGACCGAUUUAUGGCAGGCAUAUCAAUUCAUCACCUUGAAGCAGCCAUACCACCUGACAGUCCUCCAUGAAAAAUAUGGGCCAUUUGUUCGAUACGGACCCGACAAACUGAGCACGACAUGCGAAAGCGCCGUGCCGCUGAUCUAUCAGAAGGGUGGGAGGCAUAUGCCCAAAACGGAGUUCUACGACGCCUAUGGGGCCACGCAUCCAAACGUCUUUGGCAUGCGAGAUGAAGCCGAACACUCAUUACGACGUCGACACAUGUCUCACUCUUUCUCGAUUACCUACGUAAAAGAGAUGGAAGAGUAUUUGAACAUCAACAUUGGCAUUCUGAAACAAAAGCUGGACCACUACGCCUCUACCGGUCAAGCGUUCGACUUGAAGAAGGCAUUUCAUUACUAUGUCAUCGACACUCUGGGAGAGCUCGCCUUCAGCCAGAGUUUCGGCAUCCAGGUCACCGAUGACGAGUCGCUUGUUCCUCCGGUGAAGGAGCAUAGUCUGCUGGCGGCAGUGACUGGAGCGUGGCCGGCGAUGCUUCCAAGGUUGAAGAAAUGGCUGCCCCUUGUUCCAUACAAGCCUCUGAAGGAUCUAUUCAGGGGUCGAAAGGCCUGUGCGGAUCUAGCGUCACAAUGUGUCAGGAGAAGACUGGAUGACCUCGCCGACCUCAAGGACGACGAAUCGAGCGUCCGAGUCCAAAGAAAAGACAUUCUCACAAGCCUGAUCCUAGCCAAACAUCCAGAAACAGGUGAACGGCUGACCAAGACGGAUCUCGAAACUGAGGCCUUUGGCUUCAUAAUCGCAGGUACACACACCACCUCGGCGACUACAACCCUGCUUUUCUACCACCUCCUUCAUAACCCCGAGGUGCUCGCGAAACUCGUCUCGGAACUAGAUCACAACCUUCCUCCCUUAGCUCCCGAUCAGACGUCACAUUCGAUUUCACUUCUCGAAGCUUCUCUUCCAUAUCUCCGCAAUUGCAUCAAGGAGAACUUUCGCAUCAACCCGGUUUUCACCAUGCCUCUUGCUCGUCGUGUUACAGCAGAUGAAGGCGUCGUCAUCGACGGCGAACACAUAACGCCAGGGACCUCAAUCGCCAUCUGCAACCACGCCUUUCACCACAACCCGGCAGUCUGGGGUCCAGACCACAACAUCUUCCGCCCUGCACGUUGGGACGAACCGGCCACUAAUGCUCGCUCCCGACUCCUGAUGCACUUUGGCCUCGGCGGUCGCCAGUGCCUCGGCAAGACCAUCGCCACGACCAAUAUUUACAAGCUGACGAGUUCGUUGCUGAGUGAUUUUGAGUUUGAGCUUGUCCACGAUGACGAUGAGGGAGGCGAUGCCGGUCGUCUACCUGAAGACGUGGAGAAGGCGGCCAAAACCAACGCCAUUCAACGACAAUGUCCACAACGAGGAGCUCUGCCAAGUCAGAGGAACGAUGUGCCGUCUCUUGUGAGUGUGGGGAUCAGUGAUCUAGAGAGCUCGUUGAUUGUCAGAUGCAGAAGACGGAUGAGGGCACUAGAGAAGACGGACAUGAUGCCAGGGUCAACAGAUAUGACUGAAUAA